UCUGUCGACAAGCAAGAAGACAAGAACGCUGCCAGUCACAUCCGACGAAGCAGAGUGAGUGAGAGGAGCCCUUCACUCUCAGAGGGCUCAAGAAGAGUCAUUGAUGACUCCUUUGGCUGCUCACUCGCCAGUUAUUAUAUCACUCCAAAGUCACCACGCCAUCGCCUUUUUCAGCUCCAUCCCAACCCCAUUCUCUUCUUCUUCUUCAGCAGCAGCAGCAUCACUCGCUGCUCCCACAGCACAGUAUCAUCGCCGCCUGCUCCUCCUGCCGUCUCUCUCGGUCCACUGCUGCUCGUCUCCUUCCGAAAUGGAGGGAGCUUCACGACCUAGCUUGUUUCCUCUGCAUCGCUGCAAAACUCUUCACCUGGUGAGGCAUGGACAGGGGAUUCACAACGUAGAGGGAGAUAAGAACUACAAAGCCUACAUGAAUCCAGUUUAUCUUGAUGCACAUCUCACUCCAUUAGGUUGGCAGCAGGUUGAUAAUCUGAGGAAGCAUGUUCAGGCAUGUGGACUCUCCAAGAAGAUUGAUUUAGUCAUAACAUCUCCUUUGCUGAGGACUCUUCAGACAGCUGUUGGAGUAUUUGGUGGUGAAGGCUACACAGAUAGGUUUGAUGUACUACCACUAAUGGUUGCAAAUGCAGGAAAUAGUGGUCGUGCUGCUAUUUCAAGUCUAGACUCUCCACCCAUUGUAGCAGUAGAACUUUGUCGAGAACAUUUGGGUGUUCAUCCUUGUGAUAAGAGAAGUAGUGUUACUGAUUACCAAUUUCUUUUUCCAGGAGUUGAUUUCUCACUGAUUGAGAGCGAUGAGGAUAUAUUGUGGAAGGCCGAUGUUAGAGAGACCAAAGAAGAACUUGCAGCCAGGGGAAUCAAAUUCCUCAACUGGUUGUGGACACGGAAAGAAAAGGAGAUAGCGGUUGUUACGCAUAGUGGUUUCUUGUUCCACACAUUAACUACUUUUGGAGAAGAUUGUCACCCUUCAGUGAAAACUGAAAUAUCUAGACACUUUGCAAACUGUGAACUCCGGUCAGUGGUUAUCGUGGACAAAAGUAAUAUUGGAUCCGAUCUCUCCGCCACCAAUUUUCCUGGAAAGAUUCCUCAUGGACCUGACCGCCCUAGCACCAUUGCAGAAAACAAUAUGGAAGGAAAGAGUUCCAAGAAUGAACCCUAACCCUGUUUCUCAACGAUUCUUCAGAAGCUGCAAGCUAGUGCAGAAAUUGUGUUCUUGUGGGUGAAUAUCAACUUGCAGAAGCUUUUGUUCCUCAAUCCCCUGUAUCUGGGUAAUGAAAACCCGGCCUUUAAUUCAUAAGCAAAUGGAUGUUCCGCAUUGUAUGAUCUAUCUCUUGUUCUGCUCUUAGUAAAUUGCAAAUCCUUUUCUGGGCAUUACAGAAUGAACUGUAGCAUUUAGCCUUGCUCCA